AGGUAUAAAUUUUGGAAAUAGUCUUCUUGUUUAUUGGACGAAUUUUACUCGUUGUUUGUAUUUUGUAGACUUGCUUUCCAGACAACAAAGGAUAAUUUUAUUGAAGCAGACAUAAAGGAUCAGUUAUAUUUGUGGUCUUGAAUAGGAAGGUUCUAAUAUAAUUCAAAUAUGAAUAAGCGUAACAACAUUCGUUUACCCCCUGAAGUUAAUCGACUUUUGUAUGUGCGUAAUUUACCAUAUAAAAUUACUUCAGAUGAAAUGUAUGAUAUUUUUGGAAAGUUUGGUGCAAUACGUCAAAUUAGAGUUGGGAAUACACCAGAGACACGUGGUACCGCCUUUGUUGUCUACGAGGAUAUAUUUGACGCAAAAAAUGCUUGUGACCAUUUGUCUGGUUUUAACGUUUGUAAUCGCUAUCUUGUCGUUCUAUACUAUCAAUCAAAUAAAGCCUUCAAGCGUCUGGAUGUGGACAAAAAACAGGAGGAAAUUAAUAAUAUAAAAACAAAGUAUAAUUUAAAAACUCCGGAGGCUCCCUAAAAAUUGAGAUGUGAAAGUAGUGUGGGGAGCCAGACAACAUGUAGACA